AUGUCUCUCAUCAACGUAGACCUCCACGCCCUGGCGACAGGAGGCGCCGGCUAUCUCGCCUCCAUCAACGCCGGCGCCACACUGCCCACCCCGGCAAUCUCCCUCCUGGCAUACCAGCCCGCCUUCGCAGACGUCCUCGGCCCCAACGCCACGGCGCGCAAGAUCGUAGAAGUAGACUGGCAGGCAUUCCACGAGGGUGGCAUCUACAACAAGAAGGACAACUCCCUGUACAUCUCCUCCAACUACAACCCUGCAGACAACAUUAACAUCACCGUCCUCAACCUGAACGACUUCUCCAUCAGAAGUACCCAGUUCGACGGCCUCACCGAGGCCAACGGCGGAAGCUCAUACUACCCGCCCGGCGCGGACCAGUCCGCCACGCCGCCGAUGCAGGUCUGGUGCGACCAGGGCGACCUGACGAGAAAAUCCCAGCUCCUCGCCGUCGACCCCAACACCAACAAGUCGGAGCCUCUCAUCGUCGGCUUCAACGGCCGCAACUUCACCUCGCUCAAUGAUGUCCGCCAGCACCCGGUAACAGGAGACCUCUGGUUCACCGACCCCCAGUACGGCUUCUUCCAGAAGUUCAGGCCCGAAUCCGUCCUCCCCACGCACGUCUACCGCUUCGAGCCCUCCACGGGUACAGUCCAAGUCGUAGCGGACGGCUUCCAGCAGCCCAACGGCGUCGAGUUCUCGCCGGACGGAAAGACGCUGUACGUCUCCGACACGGGCGCCAUCACCACCGCCCCUAACCUGUCCGGCCCUGCCACCAUCUACGCCUUUGACAUUAUCGACAACAAGAAGCUCGCCAACAAGCGCGUGUUCGCGUACGCGGAUAACGGCUUUCCCGACGGUGUCCACGCUGAUACCGACGGUAAUGUCUGGGGCGGCUGCGGCGAUGGUAUCCACGUCUGGAACCCUGAGGGCGUCUUGCUUGGAAAGAUUCACUUGGGCGAGACGUCGAACAACUUUGCGUUUGCUCCGGGCAAGGUCUUUGUUUUCUCCAACCAGCGGUUGUGGGUGGUUGAGAACCUGAAGGCGCUUGGUAGAGAGGUUUGCAAGGAUUUCGGAGCGGAUUCGGAUCCCAGAUGCGCCAAAUAG